CCCCCACCUUUUUCGCCCACGACGCAUUUUUCUGCUUGAAUUUUUGCUCCAUUCUGAUCGCACGCGUUACGCGACUUGAUCCAUACCACUCACAAUGUCUCACUCGUGGCUUCAGAGGAAGCGCAAAGCUGAUUUGAUUGACCUUGCGCAGAAGGCUAGACUUCCCGAUGCCGACGGCUAUCUGAAAGACGAUCUCGUGCAGAUUCUUGAAAACCAUCUCAACUCCAACGAGGGCAUCUUUGCCAAACUUCCCGAGUUUCGCGACUACUAUGGCCGAAAUGGAUCGCCGAUAAAGCGCGAACAGUCUUCGCCGGCAGAGCCUUUGACAGCUACCAAAACGACGCGUCGUCGAACUCUUAACAAGGAAGUCUCCCCAGAGUCUACUCCCAUCACCACGUCUACCCCCGCCAUUACGCCUGAGAUCCGCAGCGUUGUGGCGCGUACGCCAAAGCCGAGAGCCGUCUCUCGUCGUGUUUCUGAGAUUGUUUCUGAAGUCGAACCCCAAGCCAAAGCCGUUUCGCGCCGCGUUUCCGGAGUGCUCUCUGAAGCCACACCGAAAGCCGUCUCUCGUCGCGUUUCUGAAGUGUUCAAUCAAGUCGACAUUCCAGCAUCACCUGCCCAAUUGGCUGAGGUCGCAGACCAGUCUUUCCAAGAAAUCCAGACCAAGGCUGGUGAGCUAUGGGACAGGACUCGGAUCGAUGAGCUUAAGGAAUUCAUUCGCGAAAACGCAAGCUCGGUGGCUACAAUCCAGACAAUCAUCCUGCUUGUGGAAGCUGUAGGACUGCAGUGGAACACACUCGACACAACCCCAUUAUUUGCCACACCCCCUGCCCUCAGCUCAUACUCCAAUAGCCAAGAUGUCCGAGGACCAAAUCUCUAUGCACUCCUCUCGGCUGAGUGGUGGUCACCAGCCACUCUUUGGUCCCUCACUAGCUGGGUGCUACCGCUCAUGUUCUCAUACUUCUUCAACCUGACUCUUCGCACAAACACCUCGCGCAAGUCCUCGGACCGCCAAUAUCCUGCUGAUCCCCUCAUCUUCAACAUUGCGCGAGCAAUCUUGUCAUACAGCGCCUACCGAGGGACCGUCAACAUGGCAUUCGCACCAAGUGCCUGGGGCCCCUUCUCCGAGUAUGCUGUUGCGCGUGUGGGGAACAAUGUGCCAGGAGGAUACUAUGGGCUGCAAAUUGGCUCGCUGGUUGGCAUACUUGUCAGCCUAUACGACGCUGCACUGAAGAAGUAGGCGCUGGCUGGUCUAGACAAUGAAUAUCAACUACCUACGUGCGCAAUAGUCUGGUGAUACUUGUGUGCUCAACGGCGUUUGGAUACACUAUACCUUGGAUCUUGGGGAUGCAACCGCCCUGUAUCUGGAUGCAGAGGCCAGGGCAGGCGUUGAAGGCCGGGAACGAAGAGUUCGCUGGGCAUUCUGGGAUAACUCGUUGCCUAAUUUAUUCUUUAUUCAAUGAACCAAUACCGACUUGAAUUGACCUCUGGAAAGCAGCGACCACGAGGCACUCGGACACCUCGGCUGUCGCGAGAUCCAAGACCCUGAAACUUGU